UGGUGAAUCAAAAUCAAAGGAGAUUGUUACACAGAAGAAUAGUUCCCCCAAACAAAUUGAGGAUGUAUGUGCCACUACUGCUGAAUCUAAACCAAAGGAGAUUGUUGCACUUAAGAAUAAUCCUUCUCUUGGAAUGUCUUUGUUGGCUGAAUGUGUGAAUACACUGAGUCCAGAUGAGAACAAAAGGAAAAGCUUUGAAGACAUGCUUAACCGAUCAACAUUGUAUGAGACUGAAGAGUCUUUAAAAUAUGACAAAUACAUGUCAAAGGAUGAAGAUAAAACCCUUGAGGAAGAAAUAAUCCCACAAUUGAUAACCACAUCACAUUUCGGGAACCAAUCAUGUUUGAAAAAGUUCAAUAAGGGUCAAUUAAAAGGGGUGUUUAAGAGAAAUAUAAUGCAAACUAUUGGGUCAAUGCCCUGGUUAAGGGCAACUCAAAAGAGGCUGAAGAAAGGUUAUUGGGCAUCUCCCACUCAAAAUCCAGUUCAUCCAAAUGAAGGUAGUAAUUAUGAACCAUUGGGAGUCCGAACACCUGGAAGUACUGCUUUUAAAUCCCUUAUGUCAUCCACUAACACAGUACAUGGGAAAACAAUAAAUGAUGAGAACAUACCCGUAGCAGAAAUCAAAACUGCUUUAAUACAUUGUCCUGUAAGAAAGGAAACCAACACUCCUCAAGGUAGAGUUAUUAAUAAGGGACUGAAGCGUAGGAAAAGCACCCAGUCAAGGUCACAUUCAAGAAACAGAUCCAGAAGUAGAUCAACAAGUGGCACUUACAAGAAAAGAAGAAUAUACAGCAGAUCAGCAUCAAGGUCUUGUAGUAGAAGACGAUCAAAUAGUAGAGAAAGUUCAAGAUCUUAUAGAAGAAAACGAUCCAGGUAUCAUAGAAGAGAAAGAUCCUGGUCUCGAGGCAGAAAGAGAUGGUGGUCUUCUGAUAGGGAAAGACCAAGGUCAUUUGUCUAUGGAAGAUCAAGAAGUAGAACAAGAUACAGUAGAAGUAGAUCAUAUAGCAGUACCAGAUCAGGUUCAUAUGGAAGAAGAUGGUCUCCAAGUUCUCCAAGGUAUAGUAGCAGAGGGAAAUCUAGAUCAUAUUCCAGGAGCAGAUCUCGAUCUAGAAAGCAAUCAAAACUUUAUCAGUCAAGGUCUAGGUCGUACAGAAGAUCCUACAGUAGAGAAAGACUGUCACACAUCAAGAAAAGUCGAAGGCCCUCGAGAUACAGUUCCAGAUCUUAUAGUAGAGAAAGAUCAUUGUCUUCCAGCAGGUAUCGCUCUAGAGGAAGAUCUUCAAGUAAUGAAAGACAAAACAGAAAAGGAAGGUAUAGAUCACUAUCAUUUGUUAGAUCUCCUUAUGGUUCAGGCAGAAAUGUAUUCAGGGAAAGAAGUAGAUCUGAUGACAGACCUUCAAGACAAAAGAAAAGAAGCAGAACAUUGUCUAACAGAUACAGAUCAGCAUCUUCCAGUAGUGGACGAUCAGGAUCAAGAAAGAGAUCAAGAUCGAGGAGCAUAUCAUCAAGAUCGACAUCAUGUGAUAGAGUGGAGAUGACUAAGAAGAAGUGGUCUUGUAGAAAAAGAUCAAGGUCAAGCAACAGAGAAGAGUCCAGGCUGUACAGAAUGAAAAGGUCAAGGUCUAGAAGUCUGAGUGAAGAAACACACAAAGAAAGGGGUACACUUCAAGGAAGCACAUCAAGCGAAGACAGAGAAAUACCUUUCGAGCAAUUCAUACAUUUGCCGAGAAAACUAGAUGCUAUAUCACAGCAGAGAUAUGGGAAAUGGAACAUCUUAAAUGUACACAAUGAUGAACCUGACUCUAGUCCUGACUUUACAACCAGAACAAUUAAACCGAUAGAGAGACAACUCAUCCAGAUAAAUGUACCAGUCAUGAAUGAUGAAAAUGAAAAGGCUGACUUAUUCAAUGAUGUUUCAUUGAAAGAUCCUCCAGAGCCUCAAAGAAAGAAUAUUGGAAAUAUAACUGGCAAACAAAUUAUUGACAAUGAUUAUUACACAUAUUUUGAGAAUUCAUCAGAAUGUGAGAACAGUGUAGACAUCUGCGCUUCAGUAAAACAUUCCGACAUGGUCACCAAGAGCUCAGAUGUCUUGGAUAGGGCUGCCAAUAGCUCGGAUCCAUCAACCACAACUUCAGAAGUUGAUGCCAAAAGCUCGGAAGUAAGGAGUAUAGAAGUGCUUAUCUCAGCACCAAGCAGAUGCAUGGGAGAAAAAGCUAUACGAAUAUAUCAGUCAAGGUCACAUUGGACAUGCAGGGGCUGAACAGCUGUAUCAUAGUCAAAUAUAGUAUUACAGGGAUGUUGCAAUCAGCUUUAAUGGUGUCUCAGCUUCUAAAGGUGUCAAAGCCACAAUGCAGUGAUAUCACAGUCUGUACACUACUUAAAAUAUCAAUAUAUCUGCUGAAUAUGCAAUAUAUCUGCUGAGUAUGUAAUAAUUGAUCUAUGCAGAUUUUAAAAGAACACAACAUUUGAGAAUAUUUUGGAAACACUAUUCGGCAAAAUCAUGUGAAAAAAUUCUGCUGCAUGAAAAUAAUUGACUGCAGCAUAAGAUUUGACUGCAGCAUAAGAAUAAUUGACUGCAGCAUAAGAAUAAUUGACUGCAGCAUAAGAAUAAUUGACUGCAGCAUAAGAAUAAUUGACCGCAGCAUGACAUUUGAUUUCAGCAUAAGAAUGAUUGACUGCAGCAUAAAAUUUUACUUCAGCAUAAGAAGAAGAAUUGACUGCAGCAUAACAUUUGAAGGCAUCAAAUGUAUAUUGCAUAUCUUGAAUCUCAAUAAGAAUAAUAUAGAACAAAUCUGCAAUAUCUAUGGAAACGAGUUACUUUUUCAGGUUCAUUAUAUGUAGAUGACCACUGACUGUAUUGGUGUGUACUUAAAAAAGAUGUUAUUUUUGUAGAAAUGAAAUUGUCA